AUGUCGCGGCGGACGCGCGGUGAGGAGCUGGAUGAGCUGCACUACCAGGACACAGAUUCAGAUGUGCCAGAGCAGAGAGACAGCAAGUGCAAGGUCAAAUGGACCCAGGAGGAGGACGAGCAGCUGAAGGCCCUGGUGAAACAGUUUGGACAGCAAGACUGGAAGUUCCUGGCCAGCCACUUUCCCAACCGCACUGACCAGCAGUGCCAGUAUCGGUGGCUGAGGGUCUUGAAUCCAGACCUCGUCAAAGGGCCAUGGACCAAAGAGGAGGACCAGAAGGUCAUCGAGCUGGUCAAGAAGUAUGGCACGAAGCAGUGGACGCUGAUUGCCAAGCACCUGAAGGGCCGGCUGGGCAAGCAGUGCCGUGAGCGCUGGCACAACCACCUCAACCCUGAGGUGAAGAAGUCCUGCUGGACGGAGGAGGAGGACCGCAUCAUCUGCGAGGCCCACAAGGUGCUGGGCAACCGCUGGGCCGAGAUCGCCAAGAUGCUGCCGGGGAGGACGGACAAUGCUGUGAAGAAUCACUGGAACUCCACCAUCAAGAGGAAGGUGGACACGGGAGGCUUCCUGAGUGAGUCCAGAGACAGCAAGCCCCCCAUGUACUUGCUGCUGGAGCUGGAGGACAAGGACGGCCGCCAGAGUGCCCCCUCCUCGGAAGGCCAGGGAAGUGUCGUGACCAGCUGGCCUCCGGCAUUCCCUGCCCUGAAGGAAGAGGAGAGCAGCGAGGAGGAGGUCACAGCGGCCGCCCCCGCCCAGGAGCAGGAGCCUGUGCCCGCGGAGCUGGACGGAGUGCGGACCCCAGAGCCCCUGGAGGACUUCCCCAAGCGUGAAGACCAGGAAGGCUCCUCGCCGGAGACCAGCCUGCCCUACAAGUGGGUGGUGGAGGCUGCCAACCUCCUCAUCCCGGCUGUGGAGUCCGGCCUCUCAGAAGCCCUGGACUUGAUUGAGUCGGACCCUGACGCGUGGUGUGACCUGAGUAAGUUUGACCUCCCCGAGGAGCCAUCAGCUGAGGGCAGCCUCGUGGGCAGCCCAGGGCAGUCCCAAGCCUGGCAGCAGCAGCCCGCGCCACCCCGGCCAGCUGCUGCUGCCGCGCCCAGCGUGACCGAGUACCGCCUGGACGGCCACACCAUCUCUGACCUGAGCCGCAGCAGCCGGGGCGAGCUGAUCCCCAUCUCCCCCAGCACUGACGUGGGGGGCUUGGGUGUGGGCACACCGCCCUCCGUGCUCAAGCGGCAGAAGAAGAGGCGUGUCGCCCUGUCCCCCGUCACAGAGAACAGUGCCAGCCUGUCCUUCCUGGACUCCUGCAACAGCCUCACCCCGAAGAGCACGCCCGUCAAGACCCUUCCCUUCUCUCCCUCCCAGUUUUUGAACUUCUGGAAUAAACAGGACGCACUGGAACUGGAGAGCCCUUCGCUGACAUCCACCCCCGUGUGCAGCCAGAAGGUGGUGGUCACCACGCCACUGCACCGGGACAAGACGCCCCUGCACCAGAAGCACGCUGCGUUUGUAACCCCAGAUCAGAAGUACUCCAUGGACAACACUCCCCACACGCCAACCCCAUUCAAGAACGCCCUUGAGAAGUACGGACCACUAAAGCCCCUGCCCCAGACCCCCCACCUGGAGGAGGACUUGAAGGAGGUGCUACGCUCCGAGGCCGGCAUCGAGCUCAUCAUCGAGGACGAAGUGAGGCCCGAGAAGCAGAAGAGGAAGGCCGGGAUGCGGCGAAGCCCCAUUAAGAAAGUCCGCAAGUCCCUGGCUCUUGACAUCGUAGAUGAGGACGUGAAGCUGAUGAUGUCCACGUUGCCCAAGCCGACCAGCAUCCUCGCAGCGGGCUCCUCGGGCCUCACCCCAUCGGGCAGCAGAGAGGACAGCAGCCUGCUGAACGAGGGCUUCCUGCAGGCCAAGCCCGAGAAGCCGGCAGCCCCGAAGCCCCGGGGCCACUUUGCAACCCCUGCCCCUAUGACCAGCGCCUGGAAGACGGUAGCCUGCGGGGGCACCAGGGACCAGCUGUUCAUGCAGGAGAAAGCCCGGCAGCUCCUGGGUCGCCUGAAGCCCAGCCACACGUCUCGGACCCUCAUCUUGUCUUAGGGGCUUGGCAGUCACGAGCCCGUUCUCAUGUUUACAGGGGGCUGGGGGCCAAUUCUGGGGUGUGAGUGGGAAUCACACUCAGACCACCUGCAGGGAGCCUGCUGCCACCAGCCCCUCCCAGACUGCUCAGGUGGGGACAGGCAGGCCCACCUGCUGUCCUGUCUCCGAGCCCGGCUGCAGCUGCGGGCAGUUCCUGGUGCUAACAGAACAAAGACCCACCUCUGAGCUGGCCUGGCCCUCCCCGAGUGCCACAGGGAGCCCCUCAGCUUCUC